UGACCGCAUGAAACCUUAAAAAAAAAUAAAAAUGCUGACGAGCCCAGUCAUUGUUGGGAAUCACAAUGCCACAGGUCAUCGGUGGGUUAUAAAGGCAGCCCGGAGCCCACGGCUGCCGCUACAGUGUGACAAAAGUUAGCCGACACAAUGGGGAAGAUAAUUUUCUAUGAGGACAGGAACUUCCUGGGUCGCUCCUAUGAGUGCAGCAGCGAGUGCUCCGACCUGCAUUCCCACUUCAACCGCUGCAACUCCAUCAGGGUGGACAGCGGCGACUGGAUGGUCUACGAGAGGCCCAACUACAUGGGCUACCAGUACUUCUUGAGGAAGGGCGACUACCCCGACUACCAGCGCUGGAUGGGAUUCAACGACUGUGUGCGAUCCUGCCGCAUGAUCCCCACGCAACAAAGCUCCCACAAAAUGAUGAUUUACGAGCGGCCGGAGUUCGGAGGUCAGAUGAUGGAGCUGACUGACGACUGCCCGUCCCUGUAUGAACGCUUCCACUCCAGCGACAUCUACUCCUGCAACGUGAUGGACGGAUACUGGAUCUUCUAUGAGCAUCCUCACUUCAGAGGGCGUCAGUACCUGAUGCGCCCCGGUGAAUACAGGAGGUUUAAUGAGUGGGGGAGCAUGAGUCCAAGGGUGGGAUCCAUCAGGCGCAUCACUAUGUGAGGAAGCUGAUAUUUCUCUGAAGUACUGCAAUAAAUCUAUCCAAAUGUG